ACCAUGAGGAAAUUGCUGGCAUGAUCUAGAAGGAUAUUGGGGGCAGCAUCUACUUACUAAGUAGCCUAGUCCAAUUUUAAAUGUACUAAGAAGGCAAAUCCUGGAUUAACCUGGCAGGCCAGGGAAAGGAUCAGGAAGGGAAGACAGAGUUCCAGUCUGCAGUUUCCCCUAUACAGCAGAGAUGUUAAGAGUUGGAACGGGGGAUCUCCUCAGCCUCUGAACUGGGGUCUCCCCAGAAUAGGACUUCUGCUUAAAUCUGCAGAGUCUGUUGUGAUUGCGAGGACCACUGGGGGGUCCUGAAUUCAUUUGCAGAAUGCAAAUCUAAAUGUGGGAAGAAAUCAGGAAUCGGGGAAGCUGUCCCAUGGAAACAGUAGAAGGUGGGUUUAAGUGGGUCUAGAGAGAAGAACCAAAUGAAAUCCUAACGAGGGGAACCAAAACCAUCUGGGAAAAGAGAAGAAAGAUCUGCUAGCACUUCAGCCAUGGAAGAAACGUACCUACUUCAUGCCGAAGGAGUCAAGAAAAAGAUUUUACACGGAGGCUGCGGGGAGCUGCCGAAUUUCAAAGAUGGGAGCAAGGUCACGUUCCACUUCCAGACACUGAAAGACAACUUUGAGAGAACGGUGAUAGACGACAGCCGGGGCGCUGGCAUCCCCAUGGAGAUUAUCGUGGGGAAGAUGUUCAAAAUCGAGGUCUGGGAGACCCUGCUGACUUCCAUGAGGAUCGGCGAGGUGGCCGAGUUCUGGUGUGACGCUGUUCACACAGGCAUGUACGCCUUAAUCUCCAAGGGCAUGAGGAAAAUCGCGGAGGGGAAGGACCCUCUGGAUGGUCAGAAGCACCGCUGUGGGAUGGGCAACAUGUUUGACUAUCACACCACAGGCUACGCAGACCUGGAUGAGCUGCAAAGGACGCCUCAGCCCUUGAUCUUCAUUAUGGAGCUGUUCAAAGUGGAGGACCCUUCUUCCUACAAACGGGAUACCUGGGCCAUGAGCAACGACGAGAAGCUGGUGGCGGUGCCUAAGCUGCACACCGAGGGCAACCGGCUGGUGCUGUCCAGGAAAUUCAAGGAAGCGGCCGAAAAGUACCAGGAAGCCGUGAUCUGUUUGCGCAACGUCCAGGCCAAGGAGAAGCCGCAGGAGGAGGACUGGCUGAAGCUGGAGAAUCUCAUCACGCCGCUCGUACUGAACUAUUGCCAGUGCCAGCUGGAGCUGGGGGAGUAUUACGAGGUCUUGGAGCACACCACCGACCUCCUCCAGAAGGACAACAAAAACGUCAAGGCUUAUUUCAAGCGGGCAAAGGCCCACGCUGCCGUCUGGAACGAAAAGGAGGCCCGAGCGGAUUUCCUGAGGGUGGCCCACUUGGAUCCGUCGCUGGCGGCCGCCGUGAGGAAAGAGUUAAAGGUCCUGGGGGAGCGGAUGAGGCGGAAGCAUGUGGAAGAGCGCAAGAGGUACCGAGGGCUCUUCCAGCAGCCUCCAGAGGAAACUGAGGAGACUGAAGAGCUCCCUGAGGGAAAAGAUGGCCUCCUGAGGGCAGAGGAGGAGGGAAAUGAUCCAGAAAGCUCAAAUCCUCAGAGAGGGGUAGAAGGGACUGGGAUUGGGGCAAGGAAUGGAGAAUUAGAGCCUGGAAACACUAAGGAGGGAAAGGGAGGACUCCUAGCCGAGGGGGAAAUGGACACAGGGAACUUUGCUGCUCAGAAAGAGAGGGAAGAAGUGAGGGUGGCUGAAGAAGGACAAGUCAAGCAAGAAGACUAUGGGCAAGGUGGGGAGGUGUCUAGUCAUUGUGGGGACAAUGGGACAGACUCUGAAACCGGCAACGGACAACAGUUAGGUUUUGGGCAACAGCAGCCAGAUUGGGAGAGGGAAAAUACAGAAGAGGGCUGGGAUCGGAAUGGAGAUGUUGGUUCUACAGUGCAGAAGGAAGAGCAAGGAGGGACAGGUGUCCAUGGGGGUUCUGGGGACCCCGUGAUCAGCAGUGGGGGAGGCCCCACAGAAGGACAGUGUGAGACCGAGUGGGGCCUCAGAGCAGAGAAUUUCACCAGAGAGAGGGAAGACCAUGAAGCAGAGCAUGUGGAAUUAGAAACUACAAACUGGGCCCAUUCUAGGAUACAGGACAAUACGGAUCGCGGAAUAGAGGAUGUAAUGGAAGGGGCGAGAGAGGAGAGCGCCUUGGAUGGCAUCGAAGGGGACAGCUUCCAGGUCGAGCAGGAAGGGUCAAGGAGAGAAGCAGGGGUGAUGGCAACACAGCUGAAUUUGAGGGAAGAAGCCAGCUCUGACCGGGGCAACUGUGGAGGGCCAAACAAAGAGAGUGCCGCUGGAGAGGAGGAAGAACCGGCAGAAGAAACGGCGUUGGGAAAGUCAAAAGGAAAAGCUGAUGCUCCUUCUAAGCCAGAGGAGGAGACACAUGGGUAUGAAGCAGGCCCAGGACAUGGUGAGGCAGACCCAGCAGGCCAAGUGGCGGCAGCUGAGGAUUGUGGGAAAGGAUUAAUAGAUGAUAGCACCGAGGCAGAGAGCUGCCUUGGAGCAGAGAGUUCCAGGGGAGAGGAUAAUCCUGAAGAAGCUGGAAUCCAGAGGGAAGGCACCAAAGAUGGGUAUGGCACUACGUCACAGGGAAAGAUACAAGGGGAUGAGAGAGCCCAGGAAGGCACUGAGGCAGAAUUAAGCUUUGAAGCCAAGAAUGCCAAAGGAGAGAACUUGGAUGCAGAAGAAGCAGAUUUGCAAGUUGGACGGGAAGGGGCAGGGGAAAUAAGAGUGUUAGCUGAAAUGGAUUUGGGGGAAGAAUCUCUCCAGGAGAGCAGUGGGGCGUCAAGAAAGGAAUGUGAGGGUGCCCAAGAGACACCGCUGCCCACUCGCCGUGCAGAAGGCAAAGACCAGAGUCAAGCAGGCUGUUUGGAGGAGAUAGCUUGGUCUGGAGCAGGAGCUGAGUGGAAUAUUUCUGCCCCCAAGCAGCCCGGCUUAAUACAGGAGGAAGCCCAGUGAAAAGGGAAGCACGUGGCAGAGCCGGCUACCAAGGACUACAUGGACCUUUGGAACCCGGGUCGGAGUGAAGGGGCGGUGGCUGGUGACCAGCAGCUUGAGAAAAGGCAGCCCAGUCUGAAGAUUGGCUUGCACUCACCAUGGGAUGGAUCUGGUACUUAUGGGGAAAGAGCUACUUGCCCCUCCUUAGUCUGGCUCUAGUCUUUUCAGCUCCCUCACGAGUUGCUGGCAACAGAAAGCCCUAUAUAGGGUUGUUGUGGCUGUUUCAUCAGCUACGUUUGCAACCUGUACUCACGGAAAAUAAAUGUCCUCUUAGCUAUAGUUCCAGCUGAGCACUUCGGAGUGGUAGUGCCCCGUUUAUGGGCUGCUCUUCCUGAAAGGCUCACCUGACACCUUAGACUGUUAUCUUUCGGUGUCGGGCAAAGACCUUUCUUUUCUCCCUGGAAUUUUAGAUUUUAUUCCUGUUUUUAUAUAUACUUGGCAUUGUUUUUCCUGUUCUAUUUGUGUAUCUUUAGGAUUUUUAGCAUUUUAUGUAAUCCUCCUGGUGAACUUGUGUUAUAGGGUGGAUUCAGAAUG